CAAAACCUGUUUUGUGAGUGUUCCUGGGAAACUAGAGGAGUUUAAUGUGCCUCUAUUCCAAUCUUUUCUUCAACUCUCUAUCCAUCACCUUACUGCCUGGCUCCCCCAACCUGGCUUCUGGAUCCUCUAGACUGAGGGUAGUUGGUGGAGCUCAGAAUUGGGAACCAUGUUGCUACUUUACCUCUCUGCAUUGGUCCUCUUUAUACACACCCUGGAUACCCAUGCUGUAGGAAGGACAUCUUUCUCCAAGAGAGCAACCCCAGAUGCCUGUGCCCUCAUUAUGUGUGGUCCUGUAGAAAAUGGAUUGCCUGGAAGAGAUGGGAGAGAUGGGAGAGAAGGCCCCAGAGGAGAAAAGGGAGAUCCAGGAUUGCCAGGACCUAGAGGCCCCUCAGGGUUAACUGGAGAAACUGGUCCCAUUGGACCCAAAGGGGAAAAUGGAACUGUGGGGGAUCCAGGCCCAAAGGGAGAUACUGGAGGAAAAGGACUCCCUGGUGCUCCAGGUGUGCCUGGUCCUCCAGGAAAAAUUGGUCCCCCUGGACAACAGGGGAUUGUGGGACUCCAAGGUGAACAGGGUCCCAAGGGAGAAUGUGGAGAUAAAGGAGCAGCAGGAAAACAAGGGGCACAAGGUCCCAUGGGCCCAAUAGGCCCAGCAGGCCCUAAGGGAGAGAAAGGAGUACCAGGUGAAAGAGGACCUCCUGGAAAUGUUGGAGCAGCUGGCCCAGUUGGAGUUUCUGGUCUUCCAGGCCCUUCAGGACCAAAAGGCUCAUCUGGGCCAAAAGGUGAUAGAGGAUUACCUGGGGAGAAGGGAGCCAAAGGAGAAAGUGGUCUCACAGAAAUCAAUGCUUUGAAGCAGCAAGUACUGGCCUUACAAGAACAGAUGAAAAUUCUCCAAACAAGUUUCUCCAAGUACCAGAAAGCUGAAUUAUUCCCAAGUGGCCGAGCAGUUGGGGUGAACAUAUUCAAGACCAGUGGCUUUGAGGGCAACUUUAAGAAAGCAUUGCAAUCGUGUCGUCAAGCUGGUGGGGAAGUAGCCUCCCCCAGGAGCGCAGCAGAGAACACAGCUGUUCAGGAGAUUGUCACAAUAUACAAUAAGGCAGCUUUCCUUGGUAUGACUGACUCACAGACAGAAGGCAAGUUCAUCUAUCCAACAGGAGAACCACUGGGCUAUUCCAACUGGGCUCCAGGAGAGCCUAACAAUGAUCAGGAUAAAGAAGACUGCAUUGAAACAUACACCAAUGGCAAGUGGAAUGACAAAAGCUGUGAGGAGUCACGUCUUAUCAUUUGUCAAUUUUGAGCCAAUGAUAAAGAAAAAGCUCUGCUUUAUCUGGUAUGAGGUAAAAAAGGGUUAUGGAUGAUAUUGGCUGCUACAGGAUCGAGAUGGAGAGGACUGCCUGGGAACACUAGAGGAUCAUCAGGUAGAGGGCCAUUGUAUUGCUCAUGACUAAUAAACAAAAAUAUCAACA